AUGAAGAAAAACCAAUCUCUAUUUAAAAGAGUAUUAAUUUCUGGUGAAAGAGGAAAGUACAAAGCUUGCUAAAUUUGUUAGAAAAAAUUUGGAAAAGAACAUUAAUGCAAAAGGUAAUAUAAUAUCUAUAUUUUAGAUGCAAAAGAGCUGUUUGUGAAAAGUGUUCUAAUCAUAAAGGAAGAGUAUUUACAGAAUCAGGAUAAGAAGAAAAAGCUUUACAUAGAUAAUGCAACAUUUGUAAGGAGGAAAGCGAUUCAAUAAAAAAAUUUGUGGAUACUAAUCAUAUCUAAUUUCUGCAGGAUACAAAGGCGCUUGAGUGGUUGAGUUAGUUUGGAGUUACAAAGGAAUAAGCCAAAACAGUAAUUACUUCUGUAUAUUUUCAAUUAGGAAUAUUUGUAAGCAUAAAGUAAGAUUUCGCAGAGUGAACAAUCAGAAAUUAGAAAGCUUAAAAAUAAUUUAAAUAUUGCAUUUGCUGAAAUACCUGGAGUUUUCAACUAUUCAUUAAGAGAGUUCAUAUAUCAUGUUCUUAAAGAUAAUGAAUAUGAAACAUUGAAAUAAGUCACAGGUAGGGUAUUAGAAACAUUUCUUUCAAAUUAUAAUGAGGUCGGGUUUUCACCAGAUUUAAUUAUGUUAACAGUGUUUUUUCUCUGUUUUGGGUCUGAAUCAGCUGCCUUUUCAUUGCUCAACAUUUUUUUUGCAGAGAUGGUAUAAGCAAAUCUAUAUCCUGCCAAUAUUAUGUAAUAUGAUAAUGGAGAAGAUAUUGAUAGAGUACUAUUAGUACUAAAUUCUUCAUUUAAAAUGUAAUCCCAAGACAAGCCUUUGAUAACAAAUUUUUUGAAGUCAAGAUUAAUUAAGUAUCAAUAAUGUUUUACAAUAAAUAUGUUACAAUUUGAAUCAACAUAUUACAUUAUAGACUCUUUAUAUUCAUUACAUUAAUAAGCGUAGGAAGAAUUUAUAAAAUUUAUUGCAUCAGCAUUAUCUUAAAAUAUUGCUGAUGUAAAAGCCAAUCAAUUAAAUAUUGAAGAAAUUGAAGUCAUCUUAUUAAGAUAAGUUAAAUAUUCGAUGAUUUAAGAAGGAUACUUCAAAACUAAAAGUGUUUAAUUUUCACCAUAUACUAAAACAAUGUCAAGAUCAUAGAUCACCAGUAGAUUUUCUUCUGUGAUCUAAGAUCAAACAUCUAGUAAUAUGGAUUUUGAUAGAGUCAGCAUUUUAAACAAAAUUGUUGAAAACUAAAAACAAGAAAUUGCAAAAUUAAACUAACAAUUAAAUGGAACAGAAUCAGUUAGAAAAAAAACUGUUCAACUGAAAUAGAAAGAUUAAACUAAUUUAUAAAAUGAUCUAAAAUAAGUUGAAGAUGAAGACUUAGUAUUUUCUAAUUUGAGGAGAAAAACCUUACAUUUACUUAAUUAAGAAGAAGCUGAUGAAGAUGUUGCUGUGUUAACAGACUAUAUCAAUAAAUUGGAAGAAGUUUUAAUAUUAAAGCAUAGAGUAGUUAAGGAUUAAAAUAUUAAAAUUUUGGAAAUGCAAGAAAAAAAUGAAAAACUAUUUGAGGAAAUAAAAAAGCUUAAAAAGGAUGUUUAAUUGUCAGAAGGCAAAUUUAUAGAUUAAACAAAAAUAACACAUUAAAUUGAAAAAGAGAUGAAUGAAAAAUCAAGAAUAAUUGAUGAAUAUAAGAAAAAAAAUAAAGAAUUGUAGGAUAAUUUGGUUUCAUAAUAAACUGAGAAUAAUAAAUAUAAAAUAUAAUUACUUGAAGCCAAAGCCUUAGAGGGAGGUUAAGCUAGUGGUGAUGGAUUGAAAUCAAAUUCAUACUUAAGGGAAAUGUAAAAAUUAUAAGAUGAGAAUGCUAAGUUAUUGAAGAAGAUUUCAGAUUUGGAAAAUUAAGUAUUAGAAUAAAAUUCAAAAUCAAGCGAUUAGAAUGAAACUAGAAAACUAUAAAUUUAAAUCACCUAACUUGAAUAAUAAAAAUUCUUGAUUAAUGCUUAAUUGAGUUAGAGAGAAUCAACAAUAACAUAACUUUAAAGAUAAAUUCAAGGACUUUUAGAAGAAAGUAGUAUGAAAUCAGAAGGUGAUUAAUUUAUUUAGGAGAGAAAAAAGAAUGGUGAAUUAUCACUUUAAAUUAGUAAUUAUUAAAAUUAAGAAAAAGUGUGGAAAUCAAAAUUGAGUGAUAUCGAACAUAAGCUUAAAGAAUAAGUACUAAUAAAUUAAGAAUUAAAAACAAAAGUAAACUCUUAAAAUCCAAUAAUUACGAUUACAAAAGAUGAAAAUGAGAGAAGCUAUGAAAGAAUUAGGGAACAAUUAUAAUUUGAAUUAGAAGCAAAAACAACCUUAACAAAACAAUUAUUUUAAUAAAUUGAAGAAUUAUCUAUCAAAUUAAAUUAAGAAAGAACAAAAUCAUAAAAUUUAUAAAUUGAUUAUGAUUAACUUAUAGAAUAAACAAAUUUCAGAUAAAAUAGAUCUUAGACAAUUUAAUAAUAAAACUAAUAAAAAGAUUAGAGAAUUCAAGACUUUAGUGCUUAGAUUGAAUAAUUAUAAUUAGAAUUAUCUAAAUCAAAAUCUCAAUUAACUUAACUAUCAACUAUGCAUUAAAAUCUUUAAGAUAAUUUCAGGGCAGCCGAAAUGAAAAUUGUAGAAUUAGAACACUAAAAAAGAAUGUAUGAUAGAACAAUAUAAGAAAAAGUGGAAUUAAUAACUUCAUAUGAGACAAAAAUAAAGGAAUUAAACACUUAAAAGAAUUAAUUAGAUGAUUAAUUGACUGAAAGCUUAAAAAAGUAAAGUGAAUAUAGAAGCUAGUUAGACAGUUUAUAAUUUUAAGUUGGAAACAAAGGAAGAGAAUACGAAAGUCUUAAGUAAAAAAUUGAAGAAUAGGAAUUAAUAAUUUUAGGGUAAAAAGAAAAGAUUCACAAAGUUAAGGAAUCAAAUGAAGCAGAGCAAAAUGAAAAGUCAAUCCUUGGAACCGAAUAAGAAAAUCUAAAAAGACAAUUAUAAAUGAAAGAAGAAUAAAUACGCUCUAGACAAGAAUAAGUAAGCAGUCUUAAUGAAUAAAUUAGAAAUUUGAAUGAAAAAGUUUAUAACCUAGAAUAGUAACGCACCCUUUCACUCAAAUAAGUGAAACAUCUUGAGGAUUAAUUAAAUUCUAGAGAGAGAGAAUACAUGACAGAAAUUUCAAAGGUUAUUUCUGAAAGAGAUUUAUAAAAAUAAAGGGUUAUAGAAGCAGAAGCUUAGAUAUUAAAGUUAUAAUAAAAUGAUAAAAAAUUGAGAAAUGAAAUUUCUAACUUAAAUGAAGAAUUACAACAAUAAUUGUUAACACUAGAACAAGUAAAUAAGUAAAUUAAAGAUUACGAAAUAUAACAAAAUUAAUCAAGAGAAUCUAACUUAGAGAAUAACAAAGUACAAUAAUUAAAAUGGGAUAGAUUAGAAUAAUAAAACUAAAACAUGAAUAUUAAAAUUGAAGCCUAAAAUUAAGAAAUUAAAUCAUACACUGCAAAGAUAGAAGAAUAAUUAACUACUAUAACUGAAUUGAAAUAUAAAGUAUAAGAAGAGGAAAGUUUAAGAAGGGCUAAAGAAAAGUAGGCAAAUGAUAAAGUCUAAUAAAUAAGUUAAUUAGAAAAUCAACUUAUAAAAAUACAAGAAAAGUAUAAUUAAAGCAAUAGAUUAUCAUAGGAUUUGUAAAAUUAAUAUGAUGAUCUAAAAAAGAGAUAUGAUGUUGAACUAAACAGUAUGCAAUCUCUCUAAAGUAAAUCGAUUGAAUACAGCUCUUUAUAAUAAAGAUAUAUGGAGUAAAGUCAAAAGUUAAGUUCUUUAGAAAAAUAAUUGUUAGAUUACAACGAAAUUUAGGAUCAACAUUAAAAGUAAAAAAAGGAACUUUAAAGUUUAACUGAUUUACUUGAUUAAAAGUUAGCAACUAUUGUCUCUUAUGAAACAAAAAUAAUUGAUUUAACAAAUUAAUUAAAAGAAUCAAAUUCAUAGUUACAAUAAGUUAGAAAAGAAAAUCAUGAAAUUAUGUAAAAAAGAGCUUAAGACAUGUAAGCUAUGGCAUAAUUAAAAUAAAUCGAGGUUGAAAAUGGAGAAUUAAAAUAAUAAGUAUAUUCUCAUGAAGCCACAAUUUAAAAUUAGGAAGCAUUAUUAUCUGUUUUGAAAGGGAAUCAAUUAAAUUUAGAGUAAAAUUUGAUGAAAUUAAGAAUUGAUUAUUAACAUUUAGAAGAAAAGUAUAACGAAAAGAUGAUAGAUUUUGAUGAGAAAUCAAAGGCUCUUUUCAAUUUAUAGAAUAAAUUUGAUUCAAUAAAUUUUAGAGCUUAAUAAAAUGAAGAAAACUUAAGGCUUGUGGAAGAUUAAAGAGAUGAUUAUCAAAGUAGAUACGAAUUGGCCUUAUAAGAAUUAGAUAUAUAUAAAGGAAAAGAUAAAGAAAUAAAUUUAAUGGCAACUAAUAAAAUAGAAUUGUAAGAAUAAAUGCAUUAAGUUUAGAAGAAAAAUAAAGUCUUAGAAAGAGAACUUUAAGUUUCUUAAAAUGCUUUAUAAUCAAAAGAAUCAGAUAUUUUAUAACUAUAGCAUACUAUUCAGAAAAAGGAAUAACAAAUAACAACAUUAGAAGGAGCAAUUGUAAAAUUAAAAGCUGAUUUAAAUAAUUCAAAAAAUAGUUAUGAAUAAUUAUAAUUAGAGUUGACUGAAAUGAAUUCAGAACAAACAUCAUCUGGAGAAUUAUUUUCUUAAGUCAAAAAAUUAACUAAUGAUAAUCUAAAUAAAAACACUUAAAUUGAUUAAUUAAAAUUGUAAAUUAAUGAACUUUAAGAUAAAAAUAGAAAUCUAGAAAAGUAAUAUAAUAAAUUAAGAAGUGAUGCUUUAGUGGGUAAUUCAAUAAAUUCAGAUUCUUUUGAAUUAAAAUCAAGGUUAGAUGAAUUAGAAGGGUAAUUUAAGUAGUCUCAAUUUAUUAUUAAAUAAAAGGAAUAAUAAAUUCAAGAAUUAAAAUAAUUGCUUGAUAAUUAAAAGUAACAACCCUAUUAUAAAGAAAAGGAGAAAUAAUAAAAUAAUAAAUAAAAGAAUGUUAGUAAUGAUCAUGAAAACAUGAAAAUUUAAGAAUAUCAAUUUAUAAUUGAAUAAUAAACAGAAGAGAUAGAAAAUAUGAAAAAGAACUCACAUGGUUUAGGUGAAGAAUUAACCGAAUUACUAACUUAAAUUGUAAGUGUGUUCUUAAAAAAGAAGAUCAAAAAAGAUUAAUUAAAUAUUGCCACUGUUCUUGAUCAAAUUAAACUAUUCCAAAAGGAAAAUAAGAGUCUGACAAUAAGAGAAGAAGAUGAUGAAUAAUUAAUAAUACAGAAGCUUUAAUAAUAUCGAGGAGAUUAUAUCAACUUUAGAUUUCGAAUUGAAUAAAUUUUAACUAGAAUAACUGUUUUAAAAUAAUAAAUGCUUUAAGUAAUAUAAGAAGCAAAAAUAUAAGGAAAAAAAAAAGAUAUAGAUAAAAAUAUGGAUGUAGAAAACUUAGUCAUGUAUUUUAAAUUACUUUUGGAUUCUUAAGCUGUUUAAUAUAGCAAUCAACGAUAAUUAUGUUAGCAAUAUGAAGCUGAACUAAAGUCAUACUAAAAUAGCACAAGUCCUUAAGGAUAAGUUAUAUAGUAGGUGAAGGAAUUGUUAUCAAAAGCUCCUUUUUUAACUUAAUAAUAAAUAUACUAAUUUACAGAACCAAAAGUUUCUAUUAAACUUAGAAAAGAUUAGGAUUAAGAAGAUGCCAGACUAUUAUUAGAAGCUAGAAAUUAAUAAAUUUAGUGGCUCAAAAAUUUAAUAAAAGAAAAACAAGAUCAGUUAGCAAUGAUGAACACCUACUUAACUAAUUUAAAACAAUUAAUGGAUAAAUAUCAUUUGAAAUGA